UUGCCUUGUCAAUAAAAAGUGCAAGACUCGGCAAAUUCCGAAUCAGAAAUCCCUAAAACUCAUUUUCUCCCAUUUUCUAAAUUCGCAGCGGAAGCGCUUUUUGACUGCUGCUCCUUCUCAUUGGAAGGUCCAAUGAACAAUCAUAGUAUGAACAGCAAUAACAAUUCAGUUCGGGCGAAUUUUGCUUUUGGCACUCCAGGGGGGAUGCAAAUGCCAAUGCAAAUACCCAUGAGUAGCCAACAACAGGUACCCCAUCUGUCUCAGUCACAACCUCAAGGCAGGCCCUACUUCCCUGGGCAUUUUCAAUUGUCAGAACCUCAAGUUCAGGCCUUUCCCCAGUCCCAGUCAGCUCAAGCUCAAGUGCAAAUCUUGGCCCCAUCCCAGACUAAUACUAACAUUGGUGUCUCAUCCCCCUCCAUGUCCACGCCAGGUUCCGGAACGGCAGGAACUGGGAAACGCCUUCAGAAGCCGCCUUCUCGACCUUCGGGGGGAUCAUCUGGUCAGGGCACUGCUUCUCCCAUGAAAACCAUGGAACUGGCCCCUGCUGUGCGUAGAGGGAAGCGGAAGCUUCCUGAUAAAGUAAUUCCAGAUAAAGUUGCAGCUAUAUUUCCAGAAUCUGCUCUUUAUAAUCAAUUGCUUGAAUUUGAGUCUCGUGUAGAUGCUGCCCUUGCGAGAAAAAAGGUUGACAUUAUGGAAACCCUGAAAAACCCUAUGCGAGCACAAAAGGUUCUACGGAUUUAUGUCUUCAAUACAUUUGCAAACCAAACAGGGAUAGAUUCACUGAAGGAAAAUGCUGGGCCGCCUUCAUGGUCUCUCCGGAUAAUUGGGAGGAUUUUAGAAGAUGGGAAAGAUCCUACUAUGGAAGGACCAAUGAAGAGAUCAAGCUUUUCCUAUCCAAAGUUCUCAUCUUUCUUCAAGAAAAUUACUAUAUACUUGGAUCAAAAUUUGUACCCAGAUAAUCAUGUAAUCUUAUGGGAGAGUUCCCGAUCGCCUGUGCUUCAUGAGGGCUUUGAGGUGAAGAGAAAAGGUGACAAGGAGUUCACUGCAAUUAUUAGAUUGGAAAUGAAUUAUGUGCCUGAGAAAUUUAAGCUCUCUCCUGCAUUGCAAGAAGUUCUUGGAAUUGAGGUGGAGACACGUCCAAGAAUCAUGGCGGCACUUUGGCAAUAUGUAAAGAUGAAAAAAUUACAGAUUUCCGGCGACACUUCUUUUUUCAUGUGUGAUCCACCUCUAAGGAAGGUGUUUGGAGAAGAAAAAUUGAAGUUCUCCAUGGUCUCUCAAAAGAUAACACCACACCUUACUCCACCUGGGCCGAUACAUUUGGAGCAUAGGGUAAAGCUUUCAGGGGCUAGUCCUGCUGGAAAUACUUGUUAUGAUGUUUUGGUUGAUGUUCCCUUGUCAGUAGAGGACAUGUCAAGUUUCUUGGCUAAUUUAGAGAAGAACAAGGUGAUUGAUGCAUGUGAUGAAGCAAUUUCUUCUUCUGUGAAGAAAAUACAUGAACAUUGUCGAAGGCGAGCUUUCUUUCUCGGAUUUAGUCAGUCACCUUCAGAGUUCAUUAAUGCCUUAAUUGCUUCUCAAGCAAGGGAUUUGAAGCUUGCCUCUGCUGAUGCCAGUGGAUUGAAGAUGCCGUUAUCCGGUACCUAAAUCGCAAGCCAGCUGUUGGGAGCGAUGCUGGAAACAAAUAGUCAGGUAACCAUUUAACUGUCGAGACGGUAUAUAGGUGACUUUCAUUUGUAUGGGUCCUCAUCAGUAUCUUGCAAUGGCGACUCAGAAGCUAUAACUGAUAGUUUUAUAGGUAUGGAGGUAGCGUGGUGCUAUCUAUUAGUAGUCUUAUGCUCACUUACUAAUGGAAGGUUUUCUAAUUGCUGAGUUUGUGUUGGAGAUAGUUAGAGGCUUGCUAAUUGCACAAAUCUCCUUUUUGGUUUAGAAAUUACAGUGAUCUUUUGCUUAUUUCUGGUUAACAAUCACUCUCUUUGUAGUAUAUUUUGUGGCUAACAAUCAGUAAUCAAUCUAACAGAAUUUGAUUA